UGCUUGCGCUCAUGCCUUCGUCUCCUGCAGAACCCCUCCGCAGCCAUGCCCCAGUAUUUAAGCACCGAAGAUGUUGCCAUGGCCUAGCCGCGCAACGAGCUCACAAGCAGUAGAGCAGUCGUCGGAAACAGGAGAGACCAAGUGGGGUGACAAUGUCCGGCAGCGUCGUCAGCAGGGGCGCCAAUGGCAAGAGCCAGAGCUCCAGGGGCAAGGCCAUGCUGCUCGCCCUGGGGAAGGGCCUCCCUGACCAAGUUCUGCCUCAGGAGAAGGUCGUCGAGAGCUACCUCCAAGACAGCAGCUGCGACGACCCGGCCACCAGGGCGAAGCUCGAACGCCUUUGCAAGACCACUACAGUGAGGACAAGGUACACUGUCAUGACCAAGGAGAUCCUGGAUGAGCAUCCAGAGCUGAAGACGGAGGGCAUCCCAACACUGACGCCACGCCUUGACAUCUGCAACGCUGCGGUGAUUGACCUUGGUGCUGCAGCAGCUCGUGCUGCCCUUGACGAUUGGGGCCGCCCUGCAGCUGAUAUCACCCACCUCGUCUACAUCUCAUCCAGUGAGCUUCGUCUCCCAGGGGGCGACCUUCACCUGGCUGCCCGCCUUGGCCUUAGCCCAAACACCGUGCGCACUUCCCUUCUCUUCCUUGGCUGCUCCGGUGGUGCUGCUGCCCUCCGCACUGCCAAGGACAUUGCUGAGAACAACCCAGGGAGCCGUGUCCUAGUAACAGCUGCUGAGACCACUGUGUUAGGUUUCCGGCCCCCGAGUUACGACCGUCCUUAUGACCUUGUUGGUGCUGCCCUGUUUGGUGAUGGUGCAUCAGCUGUGAUUGUUGGAGCAGGACCCAUGACACCAGCAGAAAAUCCUUUCUUGGAGCUUGAGUUCUCGACACAGGAGUUCCUGCCUGGGACUGAUAAGGUAAUCGAUGGCAAGAUCUCGGAGGAAGGAAUUAAUUUCAAACUAGGGCGUGAUUUGCCUGAGAAGAUUGAAAGUCGGAUAGAAGGGUUCUGCAGGACCCUCAUGGACCAGGUCGGGAUAAAGGACUUCAAUGAUGUAUUUUGGGCUGUGCAUCCUGGUGGACCAGCAAUACUGAACAGGCUUGAGUUCUGCCUUGAACUUCAGCCAGAGAAGCUCAAGAUUAGUAGAAAAGCCUUGAUGAACUAUGGAAAUGUGAGCAGCAACACAAUCUUUUAUGUGUUGGAGUAUUUGAGGGAUGAGUUGAAGAAAGGGGCAAUAAGAGAAGAGUGGGGGUUGAUCUUGGCUUUUGGCCCAGGCAUCACCUUCGAAGGACUGCUAGUUCGAGGUGUCAACUGA